UUAUAAUAAAAAGGUUUAAUCUAAACUUUUCAGUUAUAAUAUUAAACAUGCUUGUUAUUUUGUGGCUCGUGGUUUGGGCUUCCUUGAUAUCCGCGGUUAAACAUGGUACUAGUACGAGGACCAGAGGCCGAGGAAUUUUUACUACGAUCAAAAGCCAAUGUAUACACAGAGACUUUAAAUAUGUAGAUUGUAAUUAUUGCACUUGUUAUGCCGGAUACUGGGUAUGUACUCGAAGAGUAUGUGAAACUGAAGACGUAAUGGAACUAUCUAAUUUAAAAUGUGGAAGUUGUCGAAACAAAAGCUAUCUUAUGCACCACAUGAGUUAUUGUCAAAAAUGUUUUGGUUCAAACAUGUCUGAUAAGGCAAUAGUACACCCGAUAGGGAAAAUCGUUAUUAGUGUAUGAUAGUCAAGUGAACGAUACCGGCUAAGGAGGUUUUGAAAAAACAGUGCAAUAAACUAUUCAAGGACUAUUUCAGUUUCUGUUUUUUUGUAUGAUUCUCCUGGGUAUACGAUCUUUUAAACCGUAGGUCUCCGACCUGGCUUAACACACCCUUCAAAACUCCGCAGGUGUGCUGGUGUCCUCACGAUUUUUCGGUGUCAUUGUUUUUCUUAUGACGUUAUGACAUUCAACUAUUGCCAGUGAAACGACUUUAUAUAAUUAUGUACAUACGUACACAUUCGACAAUAAAUAGGUGAGUGAGAUUUGCACCUGAAAAUUACUCAAAAGUGUAUCUCGUAACAGUAGGUCAUCAGUUUCGGGAAAAAAUACACAAGAUUAAGACUAAUACUCAAAGAAUAUUGCUUGAGAAAACUGGCAAACCUUAAAUCACAAUUCAAAAUAAUAAUAGUUGUUAAGUAUGAUCAGAUUUUUACAUUUAUACUGGGAAAAGAGCGCUAUUCAAAUUACAAGACAAUUUGUUGUACUGUCGC